AUGCGGGUCCUCGAUCCCCAAUCCGCCCUCCUGACAACUUCUGAAGUGCAUCAAUUCCUGUCCCAAAAUCCGCCUCGCCCUCCGCCUCGGAAGAUAGGCUCCUACAAACAGGUCAAUUUGAAGGAUUAUGAGCGCGUGCGAGACGACUUCCAACAUUAUGUCACGAAUACGGUCCCUUUCAUCGCCCGAUACCCACCGCCAGAGAUCUUUAUUAAAAAUGUCGUGCCUAGACUGCGAGCAUUUGGGUUGACGAAAACCGAAGCGUUCGUCUUGAUCAAUUUAGGAUUAGGAUUGCCGAGGGGGCAGCAUCUACGGCAAACUACGGAUGGCGACGCACAACCAGAGAGAGUCAAUGGCGAGGGUGAUGGUGAUGAAGAUGACGGUGGCGGCGAUGCCGACGUUGACGGCGUCGAUGGAACUGCAGAGGGGGACGAAGAGCCACAGGAACCCGACGAUCGCCAAUUUCUUUCUCUCGUGAUAGAAGAGCUAGAGGAACGAUUUCCCGGUGAAGAAGGCGAAGCGAGGAUUCAGCAGAUAUUGGAGACUAUGCGGGAAGAAUACAAUCGAGCCCACGCAACGAACGCUUCAACAAACGGAGACACGAAAGUUCAUGAAGGCGAGAGGAAUAUAUAA